GAGAGUAUAAAGAACCAUUUGUCUCUGAGCACGAAGUUGUGACCACACGACAGCAGCCAUGAAGAUUGCAGUGGAAGGGUGCUGUCAUGGGGAGCUCGAUAAGAUCUAUGAGACUAUCCAAUACCUGGAGAAGAAAGACAACACUAAAGUUGAUCUCCUGCUCUGCUGCGGUGACUUCCAGGCAGUGAGGAAUGAGGGGGACAUGAAAUGCAUGGCCGUGCCCCCAAAGUAUCGUCAGAUGCAGACGUUUUACAAAUAUUACUCUGGGGAGAAGAAGGCUCCAAUACUUACAAUCUUCAUUGGAGGAAAUCAUGAGGCGUCGAAUUACCUCCAAGAGUUACCUUAUGGAGGCUGGGUUGCACCAAAUAUUUACUACCUGGGAUAUGCCGGGGUAGUGAAAUAUCGAGGCAUCAGAAUUGGAGGCAUUUCUGGAAUCUUCAAACAUCAUGAUUAUAGAAAAGGUCAUUUUGAACACCCUCCAUAUACCAAAGAUACAAUUAGAAGUGCUUACCAUGUGCGGAACAUAGAAGUCUAUAAACUCAAACAGAUUAAAGAGCCUAUGGAUGUCUUCUUGUCUCAUGACUGGCCCCGUAGCAUCUAUCACUAUGGAAACAAGAAACAGCUGCUGAAGAAAAAAGACUUUUUUAGACAGGAAGUAGAAAACAACACUCUGGGAAGCCCAGCAGCUGCUGAACUCCUCCACCAUCUGCAGCCAUCAUACUGGUUUUCUGCUCACCUGCACGUCAAAUUUGCUGCUUUCAUGCAACACCAAAAUAAAGUAGAAGGAGAGCUACCCAAAGCAACCAAAUUCUUGGCACUGGAUAAGUGCUUGCCACAUCGGGAAUUUCUCCAGAUUGUUGAAGUGAAACAUGAUCCUAGCAAACCUGACAGCUUGGAGUAUGAUCUUGAAUGGAUGUGUAUCCUAAAAGCAACUAAAGAGCUUCUUAAUGUAACUUCAAAUACAUGGAACAUGCCUGAGAACAAUGGUCUACACAGCAGGUGGGAUUACAAGGCUACUGAACAGAUGAAGCAAGAAGUCUUGAAAGAUUUAGGCAAUGACCUUACUAUUCCAUGCAACUUCAGUGUCACCAUUCCUUGUUAUGACCCAAACAAUCCUCAGCACAAGAGAGUAGCCUCUCACACGGUUAACCCUCAAACCACAGAGUUCUGUGCUCGUUUUGGUCUUAUUGACCUCAAUGCUAAAGUCGGACAACUAGAUGAUGAGGGUGGAGAGUUUGAUGCUGCAGAAGAUAAUGACGCAGAGAGCAGCGGAUCGAUGGAAGAUCCCAGUGAAUACAGCACUGACACUUCUCUCCUCUCCUCCUCAAUUAAUCCCGAUGAGAUCACUCUGGAUGAGGAGGAUGAUGAAGACGUCUCUGUGCGGUCCACGGAGCCCCCUCCAGAAUAUUCCCCAAGCUUCUCUAAUAUGCGUGUCCUGCCGGAUUCCAUGGCUGUUUCUUCAGAUGAUGCCAUGGAUUCAACGAAUGAUGAACAGGAACGUUCAGAGAGCAGUCAGACGGAAGGGGAAGGAAAGAACCCAGAGAGGCAACUUAAGAGACUGAGUGAUGAGAACGGACGGGGCACUGUAAGGAUUAAGAGGAGAAACCAGGCCAUCUACACAGCUCAGGAUGAAGUGGAGUAGCCAAAUAGGCACUUUCCUUGGAUUGUGGACUAUAUGGACUGUCAAGACUUGCUGGCAGCGUCUCUGGCAUAGGGGCUGUGUUGUAGCGAACUUCAAAUUUAUUU